UACAUUUUUUUAAGUGGUCAAGCCUUAUUUUUUUCGCAUGAAAAAGCGACCAACGUUGUUUCAAAGCGACUGUCAACAGGAAAAUACACGUGUGGAAAUGCAGAGAGAAAUGUAGCUAAUAUCUUUGGUAAAAGCAAAGCAAAAGCUGAUGUUUAAAUUAUAUCGACUCUUAAUAGUUGACAUAGAGAACUGUUUGCAUUGUGAUAUUGUAGACUCCUGUCUUAAUUUCCAGCUAGCCAUCCGUGGUGGAUAGGCUGCUACAGCUACAUUAAGUUUGCCAAGCUUUUUUUUCUUCCGUUUCAACAUUUGAACAAUGGCUCUGUUCCUUAUUAAUAGAUACCUUGGAGAUGAGGAAGGUGGUGGCUCUAGCAACGAGUCUCGAUCCAAAGCAUUGUUGGCUAAGCUUCAGAGGAAGGCCAAAGUCAAGGAGCAACAGAGCUUGGCAUGUCAAGGGGAACACCAGUCAAAAACAACAGUUGAGAGUGACAGGGACACCUCUGUGAAGAAGAAAAGAAAAAACAAGGGAGACAACCUCGAGGAGACAAAACACCCAAAGAAGAGGAAAGAGCAUGUGUCUCCACCUGACCCUGAAGAACUUUCCAAAGGUGAUAAUGCACAAAAUAAGAAAAAUGAUACAAAAAAGAUACAACUAACAGAAGACAAAGAUGGGUUCGAGCAGACAUCUGUCCACAAAAAGAAAAUAAACCUGCAAGAUUCCGCUGCUACUGACAAAACAGAGCUGCCAGAAAAUGAUGAUGAAAUGGUGGACACAGAAAAAAGUUCCUCUCAGACUGGUUUCACCAUACUGGGAGGAUUUGAGAAAAAUAUUAUUCAAAAGGUACAAAGAGUCCUGCCCCAGUGGCUUGCUGAGCCAGAUGUGAUCCAGAGAGAUAUUACAAGCAACCUAGUCCCCAUCAGUGAUGUCCCAGGAAUAUGUACUAAACUUAAACGGAAACUGGAGGGCAAUGGAAUUCAUCACCUCUUUCCAGUACAAGCGGAGGUCAUCCCAGCCAUUUUAGAGAGUGUGUCUCAUGGUCUAUUGAUUGGAAGAGGGGGCUACAAACCAAGAGACAUUUGUGUGUCUGCACCAACGGGGAGUGGCAAGACUCUGGCAUUCAUCAUACCUGUUAUUCAGGCACUGAUGGAGCGAGUUGUAUGUGACAUCCGGGUUUUGACAGUGUUGCCCACCAAAGAGCUUGCACAGCAGGUUUGCAAAGUAUUCAGUUCAUAUGCGGAGGGCACCAGCUUGAAAGUGGUCAUGCUCGCUGGUCAAAAGUCCUUUGCCACAGAGCAGGCAUCUCUCUCAGAAAACCGAGGUGGAAUAAGCCACAGUUUGGCAGACAUUGUUGUCGCAACCCCUGGGAGACUGGUUGAUCACAUCAAUAAGAAUGAUGGUUUCAGUUUGGAACACCUCCGCUUCCUUAUCAUUGAUGAGGCAGACCGGAUGAUUGACAGCAUGCACCAGUCUUGGCUCAGUCAGGUGACCAAGGCAGUUUACAGAUCCAGGAGUGGUUCUGAAGCAGUCUCGAUCUUCAAGAGGACAGAGCCUGCACCUAUCACUGCGGCGAGCUUGUCACCGCCUCCGAUGCCUCUGCAGAAGCUCCUGUUCUCAGCCACACUGACUCAGAAUCCAGAGAAGUUGCAGCAACUAGGCUUGCAUCAGCCCAGACUCUUCAGCUCGGUCCAUAGUCAGUCAACGACCCACCCUGAGUCUCAAGAGAGGUUCAACUUCCCCCAGGGCCUGACAGAGUACUAUGUGCCCUGCACUCUGAGUAAGAAACCCCUCCUCAUCCUCCAUUUCAUACUGCGCCUGAAGUUUAGUCCCAUUCUGUGCUUCACCAAUUCUAGAGAAGCCGCUCACAGACUGUAUCUGCUAGUGCAGCUUUUUGGUGGAGUGCAGGCAGCUGAGUUCUCCUCACGACUCUCUCCCAAUGAGAGGAAGAGAACCCUCAAGGAGUUUGAACAGGGAAAGAUCCAACUUUUGAUCAGCACUGAUGCUGCUGCCAGAGGCAUUGACAUCAACGGGGUGAAAUGUGUUGUGAAUUACGAUGCACCACAGUUCAUCAGGACGUACAUUCAUAGGGUUGGAAGGACUGCAAGAGCUGGAAAAGUUGGACUGGCCUUCACAUUUCUUUUGGGAGUACAGGAGAAUAACUUUCUUCAGAUGGUGAAGGAUGCAGGCAGCCCUGGGAUCCAGAAACAGAUAGUCAAGCCUGGGAGCCUGAAAAGCAUGGAACCCCGCUAUCAACAGAUGCUGCUGGAGCUGGGGAAUACCAUAAAGGGUGAAAAGGCCAACAAGCACGUGUAACACAGUGACUUGAGUCAAUAUACUGUAAGAUUGUUCCUUCUCUCAUGACAGACAAAACCAGCGGUCAGCGCUCACACAAGAUUUGGUUUCGGGUGCAGAGAUCUUUUGUAUGAAUGUUUUUUUUUUCCUCAAAUAAAUAUGGGACAAUU